AUGAUAUUGUAUGGUACUAGAGUCAACUUGUUUGUUAGAAGGUCAUACUCUCGCGUUCAAUAUUACUCUGUGGUGCGCAAGCCACUAGAUGUAUUGUUCUUUGGAACAGAUGAGUUUAGCGCUCGAUCCCUAAUUACAUUACAAAAGUUGGCCAUUGAACAACCGCAAGUAUUAGCUAAAUUGCAAUUGGUAACUAGGCCGCCUAAAUGGUGUGGUAGACAACAUUCUAUAUUGAAGAUACCUCCCGUGAUUGAGGCGUUUAAGCCCGCCACGCCUUUGUUUUGUGAUACUCGACAAGAGAUGUUAGAUAUCUUGGUGCCGUGGCUCUCCUCGUGUCCAACUGAGCAUGAUAAGAUGUUGGUCGCUGUAUCGUAUGGGAAACUGAUCCCGGCAGAGUUGAUCUCGAUGGCAGAUUAUUCAUUGAAUGUGCAUCCAUCGUUGUUACCCAAAUAUAAGGGGAGUGCGCCAAUUCAACACGCAUUAUUGAAUGGGGAUGCUAUGACAGGUGUCUCUGUACAGACAUUACACCCUGAGAAAUUUGAUCGUGGUAGUGUGGUGGCUAGGACUCCAGAAAUAUCCAUUGAUACGUUGUUGGGGAAUGCUACUAGUCAUGAAGGUACAUGGAAAACAGAUACAUUGAUCAAUGAGUUAGGCGUUGUAGGUGCAGCUUUACUUAGGGAUGUUCUAAUUAACAAGUCAUAUAUGUCGAUGGAUAAUAAAUCAUUGGUAGAUAAAGGUAGAACUUAUAAACCUAGUUGGGCACCAACAAUCAAAACUAAGGAUAAACAAGUUAUAUGGCAAACAUACACAGGUGAGCAUAUCUCUACAAUGAUUGCUGUAGUGGGGCCAGUGUAUGCAUUUAAGAGGGUACAACAAGGGAAAUUGAGGAAACAGAAAGAUGUGUUUACGGACAAGAGAGUGUUGUUUCAUAAUGUGGAGCCUGUGACUUGGCCUGCACAGGAAUUAGAGCCCGGUCAUUUUGUAUAUGAUCCAGAGAGACAAGUAAUACGCAUCGGAUGUGCUUUGGGGACUCAAUUGGAAGUACAAUCGUUGCAAUUUGAAGCAAGCCCCAUCGAGACCAGUGAAGAAUUUAUGAGGAAAUUACGCAAACGGUGCGGUCCACAGGCCGCAGAACUUACAAUAUUUGGAUAG